AGGUGUGGGACGGAGAGCGGUUGAGGAAAAGAAAACCUUUGGUUCGAACAAAAAAGAAGCGAAUGCAAUAUGUGAUUCAGCCUGUUACACCACCUAAACCAUCAAGCAUUACUCCACCAUUACCAUCUACCACAGAAUUAUCCAAGGAGCAAUCAAAUCUUGUGCGUUUGUUGGAAAAAAGUUUUGUACAGUCAAAACAAGUUUACAAAGAACUAGCACCACAAUUGAGUCCACCUUUGCAACAGACUAUGGAAGCUGCCACUAUUGCAGGAAACUCACCUAGAAUGGAGUUAUGGAGUCAGCUUGCUACAUCAUCAUCAUCAUCAUCAUCAUCCACGUUGUCAUCAACAACAUCAUCAUUGAAAAGACCAAACAGCAAUCAGGAACAUGUUGGCAAAGGGAAAAAAUCCAAGCGUCAACACAAAGAUAAAAACGCAGGAGAUUUGGAAAAAGUGGUGGAUAGUACCAAUGAGACUAGUGCUACAGAGAAUACCACUUUACAAGAAGUGCAAGAAAGGGAGAUCCAUAAUGAGAUGCAAAAGUCUUUAGAGAAUGCUGGGAUUGAUGCUACAACAGCAUUUAUACUGUCUAGAAGUGAAGGAUCUCAGCCUAAGAUGCAGAUAUGUAAAGAACUUGUAAAUCAUGCAAUGGAUUUAUUUGCAGUCACUGUUAAACAGAUUAUUUUCUUUGCUAAAAGCAUCCCAGGAUUUUCACAGCUAUCAUGUGAUGACCAGGCUGCUCUAAUUCGAGCAGCCAUAAUGGAAACUAUCAUUAUUCGAUGCACAGAGAGGUUUGACCCAGACCAGAAUUUGUUAAUUAGUGACAUUAAUGAAGGAGAAUACGGACUUAACUUGAUUUUCCAGUUGGGAUAUAAAACGUUUACGGAACCAUUUUUCCAGUUUAUGAGAGAAAUGAAACAUUUGAACCUUGCUAUGGAAGAGUAUGCUCUUUUACAAGCUGCUAUCAUAUUACAGUCAGAUCGACCUGACUUGAAAGAUGCUAAUCUGGUUGAAAAAAUUCAGUUUCCAAUAAUCCUUGCCCUACAGAUGUGUACAAAGAAAAACCACCCAGAAGAGCCAGCCUUGUUUGCUAAGCUGAUGUUGAAAAUGGUGACUUUGCGCGACAUAGAUGCUGUUCAUUCAAAAGAUUUAAUGGACAUGAAACUACAAGAACAGGAAUUCACUCCACUUGUACAAGAGCUAUUUGGGCUUUCUGAUUAA